UUAACCGUCAAGGACAAUCCGACAAGGUCUGAGCUCGCCUCAUGGAAGAAGAAUCGAGUGGGAAAGUCAGACCAUAAAAUAAAAAUGCUCUGCGGAAAAUUAGCUCUUGUCACAGGGGGCGGAAGCGGAAUCGGCCGGGCGACCUGUUUGGCGCUGACCCGUGAAGGCGCCCGAGUUGUGUCCGCCGAUUUGCAGAAAGAUGCCGCCCAACGCACCGUCGAACAACUCCGAGGAGACGGCCAUAUGGCAGUUCAACUUGAUGUGAGCUCAGCCGAAGAUGUGGAGAAAGCUUGGAACUCGAUCCUGACACAGUACAAAGAACCACCGACGGUAGUCGUCAACUCAGCUGGCAUAAUACGAGAUAACUUCUUGCUCAAGAUGCCUUUAAAUUCGUUCAAUGAAGUCAUCAAUACUAACCUUACCGGAACUUUCAAUGUAGUCCAGAAAGCAUGUAGACAACUCGUGGAAUCACAGCUCAAUGGGAGCAUAAUUAAUCUGGCAAGCAUUGUCGGCCAGACGGGAAACAUCAGUCAAGCGAAUUACUCAGCGAGCAAAGCCGGUGUCGAGGCGCUCACAAAAACAGUGGCUAAAGAGAUGGGGAUGCACGGCAUUAGAUGCAAUGCGGUUGUGCCUGGUUUUAUAGAAAGCCCAAUGACUGAAUCUAUACCAGAAAAAGUAAAAGAUAUGUUCCGUAAAAGGAUCGCCCUCGGACGUUUUGGUCAGCCCCAGGAAAUUGCACAGGUUAUUACUUUUCUGGCGUCAGAUUGGAGUUCAUACAUCACAGGUGCAUCUAUAUCAGUUACAGGAGGGUUGUGAACAUUUUAUUAUGUAUAUUGAGGGGAGAAAAUUAAACAAAGUUAAGUAGUAUACAGUGCAGUCUCGGUAAUGCAAACCGAAUUCAGGCCACUCCAAA